AUGAACCAGUCCUCUGAGGAAAGCGUAACCAAUAGUAGCAGUAUUAGUAAUAUUAAUAAUACUGCUACUACAAAUGAGGAAAGCACCGGUACAAAGAGGAAUAAUGAACCUCGUAGAACCAAGAGAAGCAAAGAAGAACACGAGGCUAAGGAAAAGGCUCGUACUGAGCGAGCCAAUCUUGUUCGAGAUAUCCUGAAUCGACCAAACGAACCCAUCACUGGACCUAUGCCAGAUGCGCAUGCGGACUCUCGUGGAACUGAAUUUGGUGACCAAGAUCCAAAAAGCAAGAAUAAGGAGGCAAAUAGUAUCCAAAGUACCAAUGCACUUGUGCCUGGCGCCCACGAGUCCAAUAAUCAUGAAAAGAAGAGGAGAAAAGGAACAUUCAGUAGGAGGCCUUUGCCAGUUACGGAGGAGAGACGAGAAGAGAGACGAGCAAGAAUUGAAGCUGAAAAGGGAGAUCAACUCCAUGAUCAUGGUAGUACGAAUAUGGAUGGACUCGUGACGGCUUAUGCUGUGGAACGAACAACUGACGCCAACGAGGUCAACUCUGACGAGGAAGACGAAGAAGACAAGGAAGACGCAGGUGGUGCAAUCAACUGGGAUCGAUUGUUACAGAAGAAGAGCGCUCGAAUCUUCUGCUGCCUACUUUUUAUUUGUGUUGUUUCAAUUGCCGCUGUUGGAGCAUGGCUUGGGACUCGGAACAAUUCAUCAUCAUCAUCAUCGGUCGACUUUCUUAUCCCGCCCUCGGCAGAAGAUUGUGCAUCCAUCGCCGACGGAGCUGCUAUACAAGGCCAAGAAGCCAUGAUGGUGCAGAGAUACAAGCUUGAGCUCGAUGCGACUCCAUUUCUUUCAAUGAGUCUUAGCUUUUCAGCCGACAUUAUUGAGGAGAAGUUGAUAGAGUUGCUGACCCCUCAACUAACUGGAUGCAAUCGAGUCGUCCGGCACAUGCGAAGUCUUCGUUAUCUAGAAGGUUCCUUUAUGUACGCCAUUAGGAAUGUGGCAAUUGAUGCUUAUGGAGUCGAAGAAGAGCAAUGUUUGAAUGAUUUCAAUCUACGGUGUCAUCGAAUCAAUGUGGCGCUUGAUGUUUUGGUGAAGGAUGAGUCAGUGAAUGCCGUUGAUGUGAUUGGAGAACUCAGUACCUUUUUCGGAGAUGGGGUUCUUGUUGAAAAACUUGAAUUAAGUGGGCUCUAUGAAAAAGUUACUGUCACGAGUUUGGGAUACAUUGAUUCAGCGACACCUCCGAACAGAAUAGAAGACGAGUCACCUGGGCCUACUACUUUGCAACUGACACUUCCAACCAUGACCCCGCAGCCUACUCCUGGACCAACACCAGUCCCAACUCCUGGACCAACAAUUUUCCCAACUCCUGGACCAACACCAAACCCAACUCCUGCACCGACUCCUUCACCAACCCCUCGACCCACAACUCCACCUACACCCGGGCCUACUUUGCCCCCAACACCAGUCCCAACUCCCGGACCAACACCAAACCCAACUCCUGCACCGACUCCUUCACCAACCCCUCGACCCACUGCAGCACCUACACCCGGGCCAACUUUGCCACCAACACCUACAUCAACAGUGACUUGUUUUCAAUCCAAUAACGAGCUUUUUGAUGCAGUUGGGAACUGGUUUCAGUCUUCUCAGUCAAAGGUAUCAGUCGAGAACACACAUGGCCCUAUUGGAGACUGGUGUUUUGGUCCAGGUGUGACCAGCAUGGCGGGACUCUUUUACACGCAUUCUACUUUCAAUGAGGACAUUUCAUCCUGGGAUGUUUCUUCCGUGACAUAUAUGGGUUUGAUGUUCUCGCAAGCAACAUCCUUCAAUCAAGACUUGUCAUCCUGGGAUGUUUCUUCUGUGAAAGAUAUGCGUCAAAUGUUCUAUCAAGCAACAUCCUUCAAUCAAGACUUGUCAUCCUGGGAUGUUUCUUCCGUGACAGAUAUGCGUUGGAUGUUCUAUCAAGCAACAUCCUUCAAUCAAGACUUGUCAUCCUGGGAUGUUUCUUCUGUGAAAGAUAUGCGUCAAAUGUUCAAUGAAGCAACAUCCUUCAAUCAAGACUUGUCAUCCUGGGAUGUUUCUUCUGUGAAAGAUAUGCGUCAAAUGUUCAAUGAAGCAACAUCCUUCAAUCAAGACUUGUCAUCCUGGGAUGUUUCUUCUGUGACAGAUAUGGGUGAAAUGUUCUAUCGCGCAACAUCCUUCAAUCAAGACUUGUCAUCCUGGGACGUUUCUUCUGUGACAAAUAUGUAUGCCAUGUUCCGUUUUGCAGGAUCCUUCAAUCAAGACUUGUCAUCCUGGGAUGUUUCUUCCGUGACAAGAAUUGAUGGCAUGUUCAUUUCCGCAACAUCCUUCAAUCAAGACUUGUCAUCCUGGGAUGUUUCUUCCGUGACAGUUAUGAGUUAUAUGUUCUAUCAAGCAACAUCCUUCAAUCAAGACUUGUCAUCCUGGAAUGUUUCUUCCGUGACAGAUAUGGGUUAUAUGUUCUAUCAAGCAACAUCCUUCAAUCAAGACUUGUCAUCCUGGGAUGUUUCUUCUGUGAAAUUUAUGGGUUGGAUGUUCAGAGAAGCAACAUCCUUCAAUAAAGACUUGUCAUCCUGGGAUGUUUCUUCCGUGACAGUUAUGAGUUAUAUGUUCUAUCAAGCAACAUCCUUCAAUCAAGACUUGUCAUCCUGGGAUGUUUCUUCUGUGACAGAUAUGGGUGAAAUGUUCUAUCAAGCAACAUCCUUCAAUCAAGACUUGUCAUCCUGGGAUGUUUCUUCUGUGAAAUUUAUGGGUUGGAUGUUCAGAGAAGCAACAGCCUUCGAUCGGAAUCUUUGUGCGUGGGGUCCGCGCCUGCCGGCCAAUGCUGGUCAAGGAAUGUUCCGUGGCGCCACCAGCUGCCAAUCACAGUCCGAUCCAAAUCUCGCUUCGAAUGUACCAGGUCCAUUCUGUUACCUUUGCACUUAG